AUGGCAGGAUUCUCUGACCUUUGCAAAGAGCUCGUCUUGGAGAUCUUGCGGCAUGUCGCUCCUCGCGAUCUCGGUUCAGCAUGUGCCGUCACCAAAUCUAUCUCCUACUUGGCGGCGCCGAUUCUCGCAGAGCACCGCAGACUAAAACAAUGGUUCUCAUCCAUCGAUAAUUUCGGUGAUCGAGACCCUGCGUUAGCUAGAUUCCUAAUCAAGGUCCUUGCUAAACCUCGAAUCGCUCACUACGUGCGCAGCCUGACCGUGGACAGCUGGGGGCCUGUGUGGGAGGCCAUAACUGACAGUGCUCGAAGUCCUGCGUCUACAAAGUCCCAGAAAUCUCGGUGCCGUUCGAACAAUUUGCAGCUCGUCAGGACCGCACUGCAGAAAACGCAGAUCAUUCGGGCAGACGAGGUAGAUGAGUGGCUGCAGGCCAUUCAACACUCUACCGAGGAUCAUCCAAUCCUCGCUCUGCUUUUACUCCAGCUGCCCAACCUGGAGGAUCUCGAGAUAUCUUCAAUUGGAAUGCCCAUAGAAUAUCUUUCGAGAACAACUCAAAGGAUCAAAAAUGCACCUGCAGGCACAUACCUCUCCCAUUUGAAGCAUGUCACGAUCAAUAUUGACACGGAUUGGGAGGAUCCUGACUUGAUGAAGAUUUUCGACUCCUUUAUAUCACUACCUUCCCUGGCCUCAUGUUGUAUAGAAGGUUUAACGAUUGGCAAUGAGGAGCGCGAUUUCGAAUGGCACCUGCGCCCGCAUGAACUAAAUAUCGUCGACCUCGCUUUCAUUCAUUGUAAUAUUGGCGAAAAGGCGCUUUUUGAGGUACUUGGGUGUACUAAGAAUCUCAAGUCUUUCACCCUUACCUCCCUCAGAUCGGAUGCGCUUUCUACACGGCAACUGCCGGACUGGUACUGGCUCGGCGUCGGCCUGUUGCACCACGCUAAGCAAAGCCUUGAGAAGUUGACCUUGCUGCCCCAAGGCACUGCAUAUACUGAGAGCUGUAGUCUUCGCGAGUUCAAAGUGCUGCGAGAGAUCGACACCGAGCUGGCUCUGUUCUUCAACGAUCCUGACUCCAGUGUCCGAGGCUUUCCCGAGAUGCUGCCGCCUUCGAUCCGGAUCAUUCGUCUAAGGCCUCUAACCUGGCCUUUCAUGCCUUCCAUGCGCGACGUAGAUGUAUCCAGAACGUUAGAGCAAAUCCGUGAAGCAAUACUAAGCACCUUGGAAGUAAAGGACGUGCUGCUACCGCAGCUCUUGGAAAUUCAUGUGUUCACCGAGGACGACGCGCCAAACAAUGUCUUUUGGGAUAUACCAAAAGCUUGCGAUGCACAAGGAGUCUUGUUCUCGUUCAGUGUGCGAUGA